AUGUACUCGGGUGUCCGUUCUUCUCCGUAUCUUGCAACCUCGUUCGACAGGAACAUCCCAUCCGUCUUGCCUUGCGCUGGCAAUGCGGAAGCAAAGUCGAUCCUUGCGCUACAAGGAGAUGGAGGACUGAGUCGUAAUACCGACGUGAUGUUUGAACAUGCCAGAAAUUUGUCAGAGCGCAUGGAAGAAAUUUUAACGAGACCCACAGUUCUAUCGGAGCUCCAGACGCCCCUCAGUUUGGACAAGCGACGAGAUCGAGCUCAUAUUAUUGAGCGGUUUAACCCAGUGCUAGCAUGA